AUGGACCUCGUCCACAUCCCCUUCCCCAACCCAUGCCUCCUUCGAAUUCCCUGUGUACACCUCGCUCGUCUCCUUCAAACUGGCACACCACCAUCCGCUAGCCCUCGUCUUUCUCGUUGUGCGCCACGCCAGUCUUCCACGCUAACGCGCGGACCAUCUGGCACGCGUCGCGAGCAUGCCAGAACGGGCAACGAGUGCGCUGAAUUUCCCGUGGGGCGUCACGAUGACGUGUCAGCUGACAGCUUCUCGGAGGAUGAGUACAGCCGAACGAGUAGAGCUCCCGGUAGAGGUGGCGGGAGAGCCGGCGGCAGAGGCGCUAGCAGUAGCGGCAACAAUCGGGAGAAGGGAGCAGCAAGUAGUGGAAGGGACGGUGUAGACAGAGCGAACCGCCAUGGCCGCCGGCCAGGCGAGAAGUGCAUUGACGAAGAUAGUACUGAGAACGAGAGUAAGGACGAGCCUACUGAUAGCUGUACCGACGACGACUUUAGCGAGAACGAAGAGGCCAGUGACGGGAGCGAAGUUGACGGCAGCGACGAUGACGGCAGCGACAAUGACGGCAGCAGCAAUCGCUCGUCACCUCGAAGCAGCGAUAGACGCCACACGGGGCGCGACUCGAACGGCAGCUCACGCCGUCGCUCAGACUCGCGGUCGUCGCGUUCCCCCGAGUCAACGCGGUCGCCGCGCUCUCCCGAAUCUACGCGGUCGCCGCGUUCGCUGGAGUCAAGGCGGUCGUUGAGUUCCCCGGAGUCAACGCAGUCUCCGCGAGACGCAAAAUCGUGGAGCGGUCCCGACGACAACGCGUCCAGUAACGAGUACGCAGAGAAGUAUGUUGUCCGCAACAGGACACGGGCGUCCGCUGUGUCAGUGGACUAUUCGCAGAGAGCACCGGCGGGACAUUACGUCGCGGAGCACGAGCAGGAGCGCCACCAGCACCGCCAACCGCGCAUCAGCGCACCCCCGCCUCCGCAGCAUAAGCGCUACGCCUCCGCCGCCGCCGUCCCCGCGAAGCAUCGCUCUGCUAGUCUCAACGCGGCGUCGCUAGACCAGGCAGCCGCCGCGAUCGCCGGCGCCUCUGGCGGCGACGAGCCCGCGGAGCUAAUGCAUGGUAGCAACGCCGCGUACGCCAGUACUGGCGGCGGGAAUUGCGGGGCGCGGUUGCCCGCGGGGAACGCUGCGGGUGGGCGACUGCCUUCCGCCCAGGCGCGGUCAAUGCGCAAGUGCAUCAGCGGGGAUCGCGCUACAAUGGGGAGCGGUUCGAUGGAUCUAGACAGGUGCAAGCAGGGAGGGUUGGGGAUCGGCCAUCGUGGUGCUGCUGGUGGUUCAGGGGGGUGUAACGCGCCACGGCCUAGUGGUAACCAGCCCGGUAACCAGCAGUGUCCACAGCCAGUGAGGCAGAACGUUCGUCCAUCUGUGAUUGCACGAAGCAUGAGCGUUCCUGAUGACGAACUGGAGCGAACUCCAUCAGGUGGUUACCAGCAGCAGCACGGUCCCAGCCACAGGCAGGGUGAGGAGAGGCGGGUGAAGGCGCAGGCUGCUAGGAAUGCGGUGCGUGUGGUGGAGCUGGGUGGGCCUGCAGAGGGGUCACCAGUGCCCCAUGCUGUGGCGGUAACAGCAGCAGGCGCACUAACAGCAGGGGCUGGUGGGGCAGGUGGGGCAGGUGGGGCAGCAGGGGAGAUGGGUGCAGUGGCAGUGGCAGGGCAUGGAAAGAAGGGCCACUUGAGAGGAUUCUUUGCAAGCUGGGGCGGGCACUAG